CCGGAUCUGGGGGCCGGGCCGCCUCCACCGGAACCAUUGGACCGAGACUUCGGCUACAAACGGGAGGGACGUAAAUAUCCGCCGGGAAUUUGUCAGCAGCCGCCGGACGGACAACGGGAUUAUUUUGGGGCUAGAGAGAGAGAGGGAAGGAGGCGUCACACGGGGAGCCCGGGGCAGGAGACGAACUGGAAUUGAGGCGGCAGAGGAGAGGCCGGGGGACCGGGGGUAUGAGCGGUUCCCCGGGAGGGAGGAGGGGCCGGUGUUGAGUGGAAGCGCGAGACUGAGGAGCCGGUAGCGGCGGAGGGACAUCUCCCGGGACUACAUUAUGGCCUCGAACUGCAGCAGCAGCGGCGGAGGCGGAGUGAUCUGUGUGAUUGGCAGCGCCAGUAAAACGAAAACCAAGAAGAAACAUUUCGUGUGUCAGAAAGUGAAGUUGUUCCGCGCCAGUGAGCCGCUCCUCAGUGUCCUCAUGUGGGGGGUCAACCACACGGUCAAUGAGUUGAGUAACGUGCCAGUUCCGGUCAUGCUGAUGCCGGAUGACUUUAAAGCCUAUAGCAAAAUUAAAGUGGACAAUCACCUUUUCAACAAGGAGAACCUGCCGAGCCGCUUCAAAUUCAAGGAAUAUUGUCCCAUGGUCUUCAGAAACCUGCGGGAGAGGUUUGGUAUCGACGAUCAGGAUUAUCAGAACUCACUGACCCGCAGUGCUCCAGUAAACAGUGAGAAUCUAGGCCGAUUCGGCUCCCGUUUUCUUACCACUUACGACCGGCGCUUUGUCAUUAAAACAAUUUCGGGCGAGGAUGUGGCAGAGAUGCACAAUAUCCUGAAGAAAUACCACCAGUUUAUAGUGGAGUGUCACGGCAAUACUCUGCUGCCUCAGUUCCUGGGGAUGUACAGACUCACAGUGGAUGGAGUGGAGACUUACAUGGUUGUCUCCAGAAAUGUAUUCAGUCAUCGACUUGGGGUUCAUCGCAAGUACGACCUGAAGGGCUCUACUGUCUCUAGAGAAGCCAGUGACAAAGAAAAGGCCAAGGACCUGCCCACGUUAAAAGAUAACGAUUUUCUGAACGAGGGGCAGAAGCUGCACGUUGGGGAGGAGAACAAGAAGAUCUUCCUGGAGAAGUUGAAGCGAGAUGUGGAGUUUUUGUCGGUGCUGAAGAUCAUGGAUUACAGCCUGUUAGUCGGGCUCCAUGAUGUGGAGCGGGCGGAGCAAGAAGAGAUGGAGGUGGAAGAGAGGGCAGAAGAGGAGGAGUGUGAGGACGGCUCAGGGAACCCCAUCUGCUCCUAUGGAACCCCCCCGGACAGUCCUGGAAACCUCCUCAACUUUCCGCGGUUCUUUGGACCCGGAGAGUUUGACCCGUCCGUGGAUGUGUAUGCGAUGAGGAGCCAUGACAAUGCUCCCAGGAAGGAAGUGUAUUUCAUGGCCAUUAUAGACAUUCUCACUCCCUAUGAUGCCAAGAAGAAAGCUGCACACGCCGCCAAAACUGUAAAGCACGGGGCCGGAGCAGAAAUCUCCACGGUGAAUCCGGAGCAGUAUUCCAAACGCUUCAUUGAGUUUAUGUCCAACAUCCUCAUGUAGCGCCGUCCUCCUCUUCCUCACACCCUUUCGCCCAGAGAGAUUAGCGUGAGGCCUUGAGCCGGUGUGAGAGAGUCUGCAUGAGUGUGAAUGAGCCGCAUGUCCUGUUUCCAGCAACUCCCGGCACCCUGGGGAGGAUCCUGUCACUUAUCCCUUCUGCAUUUUUACAUGAUUUUAAUAUUGAAAGUAAAGGUCAUUCUGAUACAGCCGCUAGAGAGGUCAGUACGUACAAUGUAUUCAGUAGGGAUUGGCCUGUUACUGAACUAUUAUUCACUGCAACCGCCAGCCCAUUGCGUAUAGGAUUGAGAGUUACAGUUCUGCAACUUGUUGUUUUAAGACAAUUUGGCUUUAAGCCGCUUACAUUUUCUGGUUUGGCAGUAGAUCGAUCCCCCUCCUAUUUCACGUAUAUCCCCCCAGAAUAAUAUCUGCUAUGAGGGGAGAUCCAUCAAACACACACACGUAGCUUUGUAGCUGUAAAGUCGUUUUCUGGUUUCAAAUGUUUCUUAUUUUACUUGAUUUAUAGAAGGACAAAGCUCUUCCAAAUAAUCCAAACCCCCAAUAAGUGACAGGUCUUGCCCUUUACAUGACCUUUGACUUGUGCCCUUACUAAAGUGUAUCCAGUGCACUUUUUGGGAGAUAAUGGAUUUUUAAACACUGCCCCCAACAACAUAUUCCUCCUACAAAUCUUUAUUUAGUAGCUCCGCCCACCACCAGCGCAGCUCCCAGCCGUGCAGUCAAGCGAGUGCGUUUAACCCCCUGCAGACUAGCGAGUUGUAUAGAGGAAGCCGUGACCGUAAGUGUUCUGUAAUCUGUUUACAUAUAAAGUAGCGUCUGUUACAAAUGCUCAUUGUUUAGACAGUAUUGUUUUAUUAACUUUUUUUUUGUAAGAAAAAGGGAUUUUUAUGCAUUUUUUUUUUGUUCAAAUCUCUUAGGUCAUCUUUUACUUUGGAAACAUUGUAUGUAUUUAAGAAAUAUUAAUCAUUGUUUAUCUGGUUGUCUGUGGUUUUUAUUUUUAAAUAAUGACUUGUGGACUGGAUGCGAAUAUUGACCAUUUGUCCCUCCCAAAUUUAUCCUUAAAACAUGAUGGGGCGGGGAGACACGGGAUUGGGCGGAGUUUAUUGCCCAACUUCCAACUGCACAGUGCGGCAGUGAAGGGGUUAAUAGUUUUACCAUUCCUCCGAUCCAAUCAAAAUGUUCAGUUUAAUAAAGUGAGUGAUAUUGUU